AUGUUCUCCCAACUCGUGAACGCUUCACUGCCUUCCCUCGCCCCCGAGUGCCACCCCUCCCCCGCACUCGAGGUCAACCUCCACCAUUACCGCAACCGCUUUGCACCCCCCACUCCGCGCAAGCACAACUGGGCCUGGUGCGAAGAGAUGCACGUCUGGAUCCCGGACACCCUCCCCUACUUCACCACCGAGAUCGAGCCCGGCCCUCGCCCCGCCACCAUUCCCAUCAUGCGCCCGAAGCCCCCCGUUCAGCGCAAGUGGUGGCAAGCCCGCAAGGCCGCCCGGCCCUCUCAACUCCCCGAGAUCAGGCUCUACUCCGGCGACUGCGAGGCCAACGGCGUCACCUUCGCGCACAUGAAGCUUGAGCCGGUCGCCGUGGCGCAAGAGAGGGAGGAGCUCCGGCGGGUGUACGCGUCGUGGAUCUUUGCAGGGCCUCAACCGAACACUCGCGCGCACAUUGUCCGAAUACCUCAAGACCGCCAUAGGAAGGCCCUGUGCAUCGAGCGGCAGACGCUGGGCGAGGAGUCAUGGCCCGAUGACCCUAGUUGUAUUUUCCAGAUUUCGCAUGCUACACACAUGCUUAUCCUCCCUUCCCCUGAGAGCCCUAGGUUCCCGGAUACAGGCCUACAUCAACCUCAAGCCUCGCGCGCAUACCGUCCGUCCUCAAGACCGCAAGACCUGGGGAUUGCCCUGUGCAUCGGCGGAUGUCAGGCGAGGGGGCAUGGCCCCGAUGACCCUGGUGUCCAUCUGAUGCCUGGGCAGUGUAGGUCCCCAAAGCAUGGUCCUGUGCCGAAUUGUAACUGCAAGAAUCCCGCGCGCGCACCGUCCGGAGGUCACAAGCCUUCAAGGCCAGGAAACAUCCCUGUGUAUCGGCAGGCGCUGGGCGAGGAGGCAUGGCCCGAUGACCCUGGCGUCCUGUCCGGUACCUGGGCAGGAUCCCGUCUUCCGGAGUGCGUGUUCUCGACGGCGGCGGCGUCUCAUGACGCUUGCUGUCCGCAUCACAAUGGGGAGAGCCAGGGUAUCUGCGGGGGCGAGCCGCCCGGGAGGAUGCGGCCGAUCCUGCCGGACGUCUUUAACUCAAGGAUAGCCCGAGGCGACGCGUCGGCUAUUGCUGGCUGCAGUCGAAGGCGUCGCGGGCUGGCGAAUUAUCGAGUGGUUCUGACCCCACAAGGCAAACCCGUCUCUCUCGCCGACCCGCAGCGCCGCUGGAAGGGCCAGGGGUGGCGGAACGUAGGCACCGCGGUAGCCGGCGCGAUGACACCCGCUCUCGGGACGGCGUCCUCUUCGGAGGGCGGCGAGUCUCUGCUUUGCGAGCCCGAUGUGUCUCCGGCCUGA